UGGGACUCCUGUAAAUCUCUGAGUGGAGAGCGAACCACUCUGACGGCGCGUGGAGUUCUCUGUGACUGCUGGGGACGCAGACCCGUAACUCUCCUGGACACCUCUCCACUAUGUACGGCCUCAUACAAAUCUGCUUGAAGGACUUGGUUCUCGAGAGGUUCGGCGAAAGUACGUGGGACACUAUACGUAAAAACGCCGGGGUUGAAGACAAAUUCGUCAACUUUCAACAGUAUGGUGACGACGUUACCUAUCGCCUGGCCGAGGCUGCGGCUAACUUGUUGGGCGUGGACACCGACAGCGUCUACGAGCUUUUUGGGGUCUUCUGGGUGACCUGGGUCAUGCGCAUCGGCUAUGACAAGCUCAUCCGCACGCUGGGUAAGAAUCUGGCCGAGUUCAUCGGGAAUUUGGACUUCAUGCACACCGUCUACAUGAAGACCAUGUACCCGAUGAUGGACGAGCCGUCGUUCCGAGCCGAGACACGGCAGGACGGCAGCCUGACUCUGCACUACUUCUCUGUGCGUCGAGGACUGAACGGCGUGGUAUCAGGUGUCAUCAAAGGUGUUUCUAGGAUCAUUUUUCGCGAGCGGAUUGAUAUGGACGUGAUUGAGUAUAAAGAGGAGUUCCACAAGGGUGUCCGUAAAGAUCACUGGGUCUUCCACGUGCGCUUUGUAGAAUUCAACCUACCACCCAUGGGCGUGGAUGGCAAGGUCAAGCAGGAGGAGUGGCUCUCUAUCCUGGCUAAGGACAACAAGGACAGGUCUUCACCAACAAAAGACAAGACCCCUGACAUUCUGACCGUUAUGGACACCCACCAGGACGGGGAGUUCUUGGCUAAGAUACCAGACAAGAUCUUGAUCGACCCAUUGACCUUCUGCCACUCCUUCCCGUAUCACUUCGUGUUCGACCGACACCUCGUCAUCCAACACUGCGGGGUCAAGGUUCAACAGUUUUGCCCCCGGGUGACGGAAGAGGGCGCCCGACUAGAUGACUUCCUUAGCAUCAGGCACCCCAACAUCGCUUUUAAUAUCAAGAGCCUCAGAUCUUUCAGGACGUCAAUUUUCAUCGUGGACUUCAGGAAGGAGGAACUGCGGAGUGACAUGCAAGACAAGCCCACAAUUUCCUUGAGAGGUCAGAUGGUAUGGAUGGAGUCCGAGCAGAAGAUGGUGUUCCUAUGUUCGCCACGGCUUACCAAGCUUGAGGAUCUCACAGAGCGGGGCCUUCACUUCUCAGACAUAGCUCCCCACGACAUCACGCGGGACCUCAUCCUGUUCAACCAGCAGCGGAUCGCUGAGGUGGAGCUGUCCAAGCAGUUAGAGCAGAAGAAGGAGGAGCUGAGACUCUUGAUGAGAGACCUGGCCGAAGAGAAGAAGAAGACAGACACGUUGCUGUAUUCCAUGCUGCCCAAGGAGGUAGCAGACGAGUUACGAGAGGGCCGGAAUGUCACAGCAGGGGAGUUCCCACAAGUAACUAUUCUCUUCAGUGACAUCGUACAUUUCACUGAUAUGUGCAGUCAAUGCCAGCCCAUCCAGAUCGUCCACCUGCUUAACGCGAUGUACACUAGGUUCGACCGACUGACAAAUGUCUGUGGUGUCUACAAGGUUGAGACCAUUGGAGAUGCAUAUAUGGUUGUAGGAGGCCUCCCCGUGGAAACCGAUUCCCACGCCCAAAAGGUAGCGACGUUUGGUCUGCAGCAGCUUAAUGCCUCGCGUGAUGUUCAAUCACCAGUCAAUGAGGAACCCAUUCAGAUCCGAAUCGGAAUACACACAGGUCCUGUCGUAGCAGGUGUGGUUGGUUUAAAGAUGCCGCGGUAUUGUCUCUUCGGGGACACCGUCAACACAGCCUCGAGAAUGGAGAGUACGGGAGUGCCAGGCAAGGUGCAUACCAGCGAAGCAGUGGUAAGAGCGGUCCAGGCCAAUGACGAUCGGUUCAUCUUCUCCACCCGGGGAGACAUCGAGGUCAAAGGGAAGGGUAAGAUGCGAACUUACUUCUUGUGUGGAAUCCAGAAGGAUGUUGAGGAUGACGUUGCCAGCAAAGACGGCAUGAUUGAAGGCCAUCCAGCGGCAAACACCGAACUGUUCCAGGCACCGGUGAAGAGCCCCGCUACACCGAACAACGACUCCAACACUCAGGGCUCGACCGUGGCGCUGGGCCCAACCCCUGUGCCCACAGUGUGCCCAAUGACCACGGGGGAAGCUCCCUCGCAGCCCACCACGACGGGACCCACUGGAAAUGGUGCCAACGCUCCCCCACCACCCCCGACUCCGCCGUCGAAAGUCUGUGCUCUCUUGUGAACCUGCAAAGCCUUUUGUCGCUACCAAGUAGACUUGGAACGCAGAGAGUGUUAUCAAUUGCAUUAUUAAACACAGAAGCCCUGAUUGAACCUACAACUUCUCAAUAAAUGAGACGCACUUUGCUCCGCUUUGUGGAGUUGAAUUCAGAAAAGUCACAUUCCGGCAGCUUCAAGGAACGACCACCUCGAUUUUCCAUUUAAAGCAAUUUAUAGACUUUUUUGCACUCUGCUAAGAAUCUCAAGUGACAGUGGUGUACAUAAUUCAAAUUUAUCGUUCUACGUAAGUACAAAGUUUCCUCUGACAUAUUUUAACACUACAAAUUAUAUUUAUGUUUUCAAAAGCAUAUGUACUAAUAGUGCGUUUACUAUCAAUGUUCACAUUGCAAGUGCACAAAAAAGGAAAUUUACCUAUUUCGAUAAUAAUCGAGUAUUAUGACAAUCAGUCAUACAACAUGCCAAUUUAGAGGCGUGUAAGAAGGUCUGCUUAUCAGAAUCCAUAUGAUUCACUUGUGUGUACACACCCAACCUCAUCGCCUUGCACAUUAAAAUGAACCUCGAGUGCAUUAAAAAUCGCCCUAAAUGAAGGUUGUGCAAAUCACGGCAAAUGUUCAAUUUAGUUUCACGUUAUUAUUCUUCGGCCCAGCAGUGUUCACUACACGAACUCCAUCGUAUCAAGUAGCAUCCUCAGAAUGUUGAUAAGAUUUUGAUGGAAUUAGGAACGGUACUCAGAUAAUAUCAAAUACGUGUAGUCAGAGAUAUUUCGUAUUUUAACAGCUCCCCACCCCUUUUCCUUAGAAAGUUAAAAUUUUGCUCCUUGGAUUUGUUUUAUAAACUGUUAUUUGCUGAAAGGAAAAUCAUCAGACUAUUUGGGUUUAGUUGUGUGAAUUUAAGCCUCCCUUUAAUUUCCCCCCCCAAUUUAGCACAAAACACAAAAGUACGUUUAAUCACAAAUGAAAUUAUUCAUUAAAGUAGACAGGCACUAAUGUGCACAACUUCAUUGAUACUCACGAGUUUCCAAAAUGAGAAGUUACCCUCACUUUCGAUUUCAACAUGGUUGAUUCAUGAAUGAGGUCUUGCGUUCCUUUUGUUCUGAGAAAAAGUGUAUCCUUAAGACUUAAAAAAAAACUGUUUAUACUUUUGUUUACAAAGAUUAUAACUUACACAAAAUGUGUAAAUUUUUACGGAUACAACGGGUUUGCCUUUGUUUGAAUUACGUUUAGUCUUUGGGCUAGCAAAUAGGGCACGGAACUAAGUUUAGUUCACGAAAUUUGUACCAAUCCGAACUUUAAAAAAAAAACCAGAACAUUCAAAUCAAAACGAAGAUGUUGUUAUUGUGGGGUUGAAAAUAUUAGUAAAUGUUUCAAAAGUCUUCACAAAACAUAUCUUUUAGACAAAAUCUACGCGGGUAAUUAUCGCACAGUGAAAUAUAUACAAAAAAAAAUCAUAUUGCAAACGUAUUUAUGCGGUAAUCUGUUCCAAAUGUAAAACAAAACUUAUUUGUAUGAAUUUAAUCAUAUGACUUAUUUUGUAUAAACAGUCAUAUUUCAGGGAACUUUUUUGAAGCUCAUUGUCGGUUUCAUAUCAGCAUAAUAUGAAAGUUUCAUAACCACGAGAUGAAGGGGGCCUACGCAUUGUUGGAUCGAGGAGUACACAAAUGCGUAGGUCCUCCUCUUUUCGUGGUUAUGAAACUUGCAUAUUAGGCCUAUACUGUUAUCAAAAUGACAGUGAACCGUAAAAAAUUGAACUAAUGAGAGAAAGGAAUGAGCCCCACAACCAAGAGUCCUUCAUUAUAAGGCAACACACCGCCAGUUCUGACAUGGUCGAUUGAACUGCUUCGUGCUCAGUCAUCUGUGACAGUAUAUUGGAUUUCUGAGAAAGAGGACAUCAUUAGUUAAUAGAGGGUGGUUGUGCAAGAAAUGAAGAUUAGUUUUGGUUUCUUUUUUUAAGCAGUUGUAUAUAGUCACCUAUUUGUAACACCGUAACGAGAACCUGCCGAAUCGAUGCUAUCUUGCUUUUAAAUGUAGUUUAGUA